CUUCCUGGUUUAUGUUAGUUUAUUUGUAAACAGACCGGCUCGGAGGAUGGACAGCUUCGGAGCGGAACGAAGGAACGACUGGGAGGACCUGGACGUCACCCGGGAGGAGAUCAACAAACUGACCGAGUGUUUGAAGAAGGAGGAGUUCCGCAAAUUGCUCAUCGAGUACGCCGAGGAGGUGACUGACCCGGAGAAUCGGAAGAUCUUCGAGGAGGAGAUCACUCGGCUGGAGAGGAAACGAGGCGUCGACGUUACGUUUGUCAACCCACAGCCAGGUUACGUCAUUAAGACGAGCGUUGACGGAACGCGGAAAUGCUUCAUCAACAUAAGCAAAAGCGAGACCGUUGGCAAGCCAGAGAGCAAGCCUUCCUUCGAAGAAGGUCGCCGAGGUCUUGGUUGGUCCCUGCCCUUUACGCUUGCUCCACCUCGGGAUGAUCUCGACAAGAGGAAGGUGCGUUGCACCGUCUUCGAUGUUGUUUUCCACCCCGAUACUCUUUACUUGGCCUCGAGAGAUCCGCAGUUUAAAGAGCUGGUCAACGACACCGCUCUCGAUAGCAUCGAGAAGAACUUUAAGGUAAAACUGGAUAGAAAGAAUAUCAAGUUUCCCAAGAUGGGCUUCAAGGGCAUCAGCCAGCCAACGGUCAUCAGGAAACCCAUGGAUGCACCCGUGGAUGAAUACCUUGAUAUGGAACCUGAAAUAUAUCAAAAGCUCAUGUCGAGUUACGAUCAACACCGAGAGAGACACCACCAGGAGGAGAAACCAAAGCGAUCGCCUCCCAAGUCCGUGUAUUCGAGUCAUGAUAAAUCUGAGGAUGAGAACCUGGAAUCCAAGUACGCCAUGCCAAAGUUUAUCGUCAAGCAUCGCACAGACGUGGAACUGGAUGAAUUUCGAAACUGCAUGGACGCAAAGAUGCAUGCUGCCAUUCCAAAGACUUUGGUCGUCAUCGUGGACCUGCCUCUGUUGAAGUCUGCGAAUGAUGCUUCACUGGACGUUCAGGAACGUUUGCUGAGUUUGAAGAGCGAGUCACCUGCCAAAUAUCGAUUGGAGCUGCCCUUGCCUUAUCGCGUGGAUGCGGACAAAGGCAAUGCCAAGUUCGAUCCCAAGUACAAAAAGCUAACCGUCACUCUGCCAGUAAUUCGAGAGAUUGUUUCCAUGAUAAGCGGCGAAGAAGUUCCUUCCAUUAUUAAGAACACCGAAGACAAGGAUCUGGAGGAUGUUACCAGAGAAGACAGUGGCGUGAGCAGCGAUGACAGGAGUCCAGUGCAAGAUUCUUUGGACGAUAAGUUGGCCAGUUCCACCUUUAACUCUUUUGCAAACUCUGAAAAACGUGUCACAAAGGAAAACUCAGCAAAGUUAAUUACAGUCAUAAACGAAACUUGCAACGAUAUGGCUCCAAGGACUAACGGAAACACUGUAGAGCCUCGCAGUAUCUUUAUGAACCCUAAUCUUAAGUAUUCCUUGCCUAUGUUCACCUGCAAUUCGUACAACAAUUUCCUAGCUGUCACUGUGAACGUGAAGAACGUAGACCCAGACUCCAUCCGUCACAGGAUCCUGGAGAACUGCUCCGGACUCCACAUUUUAUUAACCUCGGUCGGUGCUGGAUUUUUCCCCGUCUAUUAUUCUUUAUGCUUGAAACUAGGAGAGAGUCUGGUGGAGCCAGAUUCCCUGAAAACAGAUCCCUGGGACAACAACGUAGUGUUCACCGUCACCCUGACAAGCACCGAAGGCCUGUCGGGGUACUUCGUGGGACUGGAUGAACAGUUCAUGGAGGCGAAAGACCUGCCAACGCCGAUGUCAUUAACGAGGAGGUUCAAUGAGCUUUUGGUGGAGCCGAAGGAGGACACCAACCAUAGGAUAAAAGUCUCCAACAAAGGCUCCGAUAUGGUCAUAGAUAUUCACAGAGAUCAUCUGGACUCCGACGACGAGGCGGACCAGGUGGACCUGAAGAUGCCUACGCGCAAGCACGAGAGGAAGCGAAUUUCCGCCCAGCAAAUGUCAAGGUCUAUCUCCGAGAGUAGCGGAGAUGAGCUCCCGAGUGUCGGGAGUUCCGGAAGAGCGAAAGGGAUCCUGAAGUCCCGACGAAGCUGCCAAUUCUCGCGCUCGGUUUCCGAGUCCAGCAUCGACGACGGUGGUGCUCAAGCAUUUUCGACCGACCCGACUUACGACUCCAUCGACGAGAUCAACUCCCAGUCCGACAGCUCGAGCCUGAAGAAGACGGUCAGGUUCAACGACGUGGUCUCGCGUCAGCUGUACAGGUCCAACUCCAGCAUCCUGGGGCAGCGGAAGAAGAACCAGCGGAAACUGAGGAACAAGAAGCGCGCCCACGACCGCAGGCUCAGCGAAAGCGAGAAUUCUGAAACGGACGAGCGAGAUAAAUACAGGAUCAUCCCGGGGGAUUCCUCAGGUAAGGAGAACCCCGACGUGGUCAGGUCCAUCCUGAGCCGUGAGAAGUCGCAGGAGAGGAAACAGACCGCCGUCAUCCAGAUAGAGGGUGCCCCGAAGGACCCCUCCGCAAGCGGAUCACGGAACCGCGACGUCGACUUCAAGGAGAACGACGCCUCCCCCGAGGUCCUCCUCGAGGGCAUCGUCAAGGCGGAAUUCAAGAACGACUUGAUCUUCGACCUGGACAUUUAAAUCUCCCCCCACCUUUGUGAUAACUAGCGAUAACUAGCCACACUACUACGCAGAGUAGCGACCACUCUCCCCCAGGAGUUCCCUUCCACGUAGAGGACACUCGGGUAGUAAUCAAUAAUCAAUUAUCAAUCGUCGCCCCUUCAGGGGAGAUCUAUUUAGGUUUUUACGCGCCGCAUCCUCGGAUUAGGAUCAUAUUGUAAAUGCAUGCAAUGCGAGUCCCAUUGCGAGGGAACCCAGUCAGGAACUUGAAAGGAUCCGAGCCGUCGAGGCAGGUUUCCACAGAGACAGAUUUUAUCCCUAGAAAUUUCAAAACUCGUCUCUCAUAAUUUACUCGAUCUCGCCUAUCACUCGACGACUCGAGUCUCUAAGUGCCCGGUGAUAACGCGUACUCGGGAAGCGAUAAAGAGUCCGAUUUUAAUGUAGUCUUGCUCGCGAAGCGAGGUCGAUCCUUAGCAGCCCUCGACGUUGAGGAGUUUCUUUUUUAUGGAUCUCUCUAGGUUCGGAUAGGUCGAAAAUGCGAUUCUGUGAAACAGCUUGCAUUGUUGGCUGAGAUUAGGGUGUCAAAUCGUAGGGGAAAAGAAAUAGAAAUUUGUGUCGAUCGAGCGGGAUUCCUGGAGGGUAUCUCGAUUUAGCGCCUCGCGUUCCGCGCGGAGGAUCGAUGCGGCGGAGUCGCGAGACCGUCCUGAUUUCCUUUAUACUUUCCUUCUCCGCGCGUGACCCGAGAUACGGUAACGCAGGGCAGGGAGAUAGUUAAGGGCGAGAUCCCUUUAAAAAAGGUCUACGGCGGUAUUUUACACCCCCGCGAUGGGACCUUCGCCUCGGCGACGGCCGAUAUUCCUGGCGAACACGAGACACGUGGAAACAAUAAAGAGAAAGAGAGAGAGAGAGAGAAAAAAA